CGGAGAGUUAAUAGAGGCGAAAAAGAAACUGAUCCACUCAGUAAAAGCAUCCAAGCCGGCCUGAGAGAGAGAGAGAGAGAGCGAGAGAGAGAGAAAAGCUGGUAAAGGGAGAAGGAGCAUGUCCUCUCUGGAUGAACUUCUCAACUGCUGCAUGUACACCUUGCUUUCAUUCUGCUUUUCCCUUCUUACUACCCUUUUGCCCACCCUUUUCCUUCCCAACGCUGGUCCUGCCUCCGCCCCCUCAACUUGGAGGAUAUGUUAAGACAUUGAGGCCGCACUAGACCCCGGAUGGAGUUUGAUUGGGUCCUGGACUAGCAAAGGUGCUGAUAUGUGCUGAGGAUGAGCGGGGUAGGAGAGAACUUGCUGGAGCCGCUGUGCUCUGACCGAAAGCGCAAAUUGUCCACCUGUGACACACCGGGCCUAGGGUGUGACAAGCGUCGGAGGGAGCAGGAAAGCAAGUACAUUGAGGAGCUGGCCGAGCUCAUCUCUGCCAACCUCUCGAACAUCGACAGCUUCAAUGUCAAACCUGAUAAGUGUGCCAUCCUCAAGGAGACUGUGCGGCAGAUCAGACAAAUCAAAGAGCAAGGAAAGAGCUCGUGUAGCGAUGAUGAUGUCCAGAAGGCGGAUGUGUCCUCAACUGGUCAAGGGGUCAUUGACAAGGACCAUCUGGGGCCGUUACUCCUACAGGCCCUGGAUGGCUUUUUGUUUGUGGUGAACCGUGAAGGCAGCAUUGUUUUUGUGUCAGACAAUGUGACCCAAUACCUGCAGUAUAAACAGGAGGAACUAAUCAACACCAGUGUGUACAACAUCCUCCAUGAGGAGGACCGGGAAGAGUUCCACAAGAACCUAACCAAGUCAAAUGCCUCUAAUGGUGCAUCCUGGGGAGGAGAGGCGCCCCGGCAGAAGAGCCACACUUUCAACUGUCGUAUACUGGUAAAGUUUGCCCAUGGCCUGAAUCAUGGACCGUCAGAGGAACGGCCUGGGGGCCAACGCUACGAGACAAUGCAGUGUUUCGCUCUCACUCAACCUCGAGCCAUGAUGGAGGAGGGAGAAGAUUUGCAGUCAUGUAUGAUCUGUGUGGCACGGCGCAUCACCGCAGUGGAGAGAACAGAGAGGUUCAGUACACGCCAUGAGCUGUCUGGCAAGCUUAUUGAGAUUGAACAACAGAGCACACUGCACACCAAAAUGCGUCCAGGGUGGGAGGACUUGGUGAGACGAUGCAUGCAGAUGUUCCUGCAUCGCAGUGAGGGACAGCCUUGGUCCUACAAACGCCACUAUCAUGAUGCUUUCCUUCAUGGUCAUGCAGAGACGCCACUCUACCGCUUCUCUCUCUCUGAUGGCACCCCAGUCACGGCGCAGACCAGGAGCGACCUCUGCCGGAACCCCAACUCCAAUGAGCCACCCACCUUUCUUUCCACUCACCUGCUACAGAGAGAACAGAAUGGUUUCCGUAAUAACCAAGGUGGAGGCGUGAGACCUCAAGGCAUGGGGGUGAAUCACCCCAACCCACAGAUGAACAUGGGUCCAGGAGGGCCCAUGGGCAUGGCUGUGAACAGGGGUUAUGCCAUUGCUGACCAGGGUGGCAUGCCACAAAGAGGGGCACCCCCAUACGCUGGGGGCAACCGCAUGAAUUCUGUGAACCAAAUUAAUCCCAUGAAUACUAUGCAGCAAAUGAAUCAGUUGAACUCCAUGCACCAGAUGAAUCAGGUGAACUCCAUGCACCAGAUGAAUAACAUGGGUCAAAUGAGUCAGAUUAAUCAAAUGAAUACAAUGCAUCCAAUGAAUUCACCCAUGAGCCUGGGCAACCAAAUGGGGCCCAUGAAUCAAAUGAACCAGAUGAAUCAGAUGGGUCACCAUGGCAUGCAUCAGCAGCACCAACAUCAGCAGCUCGGUCAGUUUCAUGGAGGAGGAGGUGGUUAUGGGCUGGGAAUGACCAGCCCUCCUCAGGCCAGUCCUGGGAUUAACGGACCCACUCACAAUGUCAUGGGCUCUCCCAGAGUCAGAGGAAGCCCCAAGAUGGCAGCCAGCCCUUUCUCACCUGGAGGUAUGAACUCUCCAAUGAGCUCCAGUCACCCAGGUGGAUCUGGUGGUGGUGGAGGAGGGUCCACCUUCUCCAGCAGCUCUUUAAAUGCCCUGCAGGCCAUAAGUGAAGGAGUGGGCAAUGCCAUGCCUUCCUCCCUCACCUCUCCUCCCCCACACAAGCCUGACAGCUCCCCUAGUUUCGGCCCUUCAAACCAGAACCAGGCUCAAGGAGGCCCCUGUAAAACCACCCACUCCGACUCCAAGAGCCCAGGCAGCUCAUUGGGGGCUGGAGUGGAGCAGCAACCCCACCAGCAGCACCCACGCACCCCUACCACUGAGGGCCCCGCAGACAAGCCAGACAGCCAGGCCAGCAGGGAGGCGGGUCUGACAGUGGGAGAACCCAGUCGAAGAGCACCUGAUUCCAAAGGCCACAAGAAGCUCCUCCAGCUCCUCACCUCCACAACAGACGAUCUGGUGCCGGUCAAUCCCACAUCCAGCUCCACCCCCGAAGCUAAGGAUGGAGGUGCUGGAGUCACUAGCCCAUCCUCCUCCACGGGUGUGUCCUCGUCCACUGGCGGGAUCAGCCAGCAGAGUGCAGGGGCGGUGUCCUCUUCUGGAGGGACGGGCCACUUUUCGAAUCAGUCCCUGCAGGAGAAGCACAAAAUCCUUCACAAGCUCCUGCAGAACGGGAACACUCCGGACGAGGUGGCCCGCAUUACAGCUGAGGCCACUGGGAAGAGCACCCUUGAUGCCGGGGGCCCUGAGGUCGGGCCCCCAGCCACUGCAGGAACCAGAGGAUCAGAAGCAAAGCAGGAGCAGCAUAGCCCCAAGAAGGAGAAGACCCAUGCCCUCCUCCACUACCUCCUCAACAAAGAUGAUUCUAAAGAAGGCAGUGACAUCAAGCCAAAGUUGGAGGAGCUGGAGGGAAGGGGAGCCCAGGGGGCUGGAGUCACUAGCUCCGACCCCCAUCCCAUGGAAGGCAAAAUCAAGACUGAGCCACCUGACGAACUUGAGACCCUGGAGACUAUUCUUGGAGGCCCAAGAAACAGCUCUAGCUUUUACUCUGAACCAGACUCUAGAGCUGGGAAAGAAAUUGGAAACAAGCAGGGGAAUGCACCUGACAGUAUGCAUGAUGGGGAGAGAGGCGCCAUGGUCCAGAGCCAGAGAGGGCCCUAUCAGAGGGCCCUGUCUGUGGAUGCCAAACCCUCGAGUGGAGAUGGAGGAGGGCUGGCUGGAAGGAGGAAUGUCCCUUGCCCAACCCUGGUCAAACAGGAAAGUGGGGAGGCGCCGAUCCGAGCUGGCACCAUGGCCAACAGCUUUUCUGGGGGUAUGGGUGUGUGUCCACCACGGGCCGGUGCUGCAAGAGGUAUGGGUCGAGGCAUAGGGAUGCAGCAGCGCCCUCCCAUGGCAGGAGCAGGGGACUGGGGGAUGCCAAGAUCCAGUGGCAGCCCUAUGGGGGGACCUGGUCAUCCUGGUAUGGGCCGUCCGGGCAUGAUGGGAGGACCUGUGAUCAACCGUUCCACCAGUGUGCCUGGAAACACACGGUCAAUGCUGCAGCAGCAACUCAUGGAAAUGGGUUCGAAUGAAGCCACUAUGAGUAUGAGCCCCUUCAGUGGACAAGGUCCCCCACCACAGUCCCCCUCCAGGCCAGACUCUGGCAUUGGAAUGGACAGACCACAGAAUAACAGCAACAGGGGCCAAUUUGGGAACCCCCUUGAUGAGCUGCUGGUGCCGCCAUCCACCAGUGAGGGCCAGAGCGAUGAGCGGGCACUGUUGGACCAGCUAGACUCUCUGCUCAACAAUACAGAUGUCAUUGCUCUGGAGGAGAUCGAUAGAGCCCUAGGCAUACCAGACCUCGUAGGCCAGACUCAAAGUUCUGAUGGCUUGCCGCAGGGUCAGGCUCGCUGCGCCUCAACAGACGCCUUCCCAGGCCCAGACUCAUCAAUCGGCAUGGACCAGAAACCCAUGUACAGCCAGGGCUACCCUGGUCCUCCAGGACCUCCUUCCAUGGGUAUGCAGGCAGGCUACAGUGGUGGUCCCAUGCAGGGCCAGUCUCCUGGAGGUUUUAACCCCAUGAUGAACCAGAUGGGUCAGCCUGGGGGCUUCCCUGGAAUGGCGGGCAUGGGGAGUAUGGGCAACCCCCGAGCAAAUAUGAUCAGGCCCCGCAUGAUGAAUGCCACUAAGCCCCUCCGACUACAGCUACAACAGAGACUACAAGGACAGCAGUUCAUGAACCAGACUCGACAGGGCAUGAAAAUGGAGAAUCCCCCUGGAGGAAACCCUUCCUUGCGUCCAGGCAUGCAACCUGGCAUGCAACCUCCUGGCAUGGGUGGUCAGUCCGGUUUCCUGAAUGCUCAGAUGAUGGCCCAACGCAGCAGGGAGAUGAUGACCAUGCAGAUGAGGAGACAACGAAUGAUGAUGCUGAUGCAGCAGCAGCAGCAGCAGCAGCAGCAGCAGCAGGGGCAAGGGGCAGCGGGAGGCUUUAGCCCUCCUCCCAAUGUCACAGCCCCAGGAGGCAUGGAUAGCCCCAUGGGAGGACCCCUCAUAAACCAGCCAGGACAGCAGGCCUUCAGUUAUGGAGGCAAUUAUGGAAUGAAUCAGCAGGGGGACCCCUCAUUCAUAGGCCCAGGCAGCAGUCCACCGGGUAACAUGAUGCCGGGGCGAAUUGGAGGUCCUCCUCAGGCUGCCAUGAUGCAGGGGAUGCAAGGCAACCCCCAGGGAGGCCCCAUGUACCAGUCCGGGGACAUGAAGGGCUGGCCACAAGGUGGCAUGCCACGCAACAACUCUUACCCUCAGCAGCAGUUCCCACAACAGGGAAACCAGGGCCAGUUUGGGCCCAUGAUGAUGAAUAAUUCCAUGGGCGGCCCUGGGCCGGUCAGUGGGCCAGCAACAGGACAGAUGAGCCAAAUGCCAGGUCAGAUGCAGGGCCAAAUGGGCAUGAACUCUGUGGGAAUGGGGCGAAUGCCAAUGGGACCCGAUCAGAAGUAUUGCUGAGGAUGUUUAGCCAAAAGCAGUGGCAGUCCUACAUCAGGAUGGCAGCAGAAUUUAGAGCAUUCCCAACUGUGGCAAAGUGGUGGCGGCAACAGGUGAACUGGCCACAGGGGACCUCCCCGCACAAAGCGUCUCCAUCCCCAAGCUUCCUCCAGGACAUUCUGGAUACAUUACAAACAACACAACGGUCUCAGAGAGAGGGGGAAAUGGGACAGCUUUGUUCAAGGUUGCAUCCCCACUUGGAGACUUACACGCUGCUGGAUGGCCUCUGCCUUCAUGACGCACAAGCAGAAGAUCCUUGCGUGUACAUGCAUGUGCACGAACACUGAAGUGCGUUCAUAUAUGAAUGACCUGAAGCCGUCAAGCAGUAUCCGGUGUUGUGGCUGAGAAAACAGAGAGGGAAUACGGUACAAACUGGUUGUGGCUGCACUUUAACUGGAGGCUUCUGUAUGGAAAAAGGAUUUGUUGCAAUAUUGGUUCAUCUUUACUGCCUUACUAGAGAUUCAUUGCCUUUACAACAGCGGGUUCGUUUUUAUUUCUUAUCCCUUUGGAUGCACCUCGCUCUCACAGAAGUUUUUGGAAGCUAAAAGCACACGUUUAUGCAGUUUGGAGCAAUAACUAUUGCGUCUGUUUUCGACUAUAACUGAGCGUCAUAACCCCUUGUCAUAAGCAAAGAAACGGUACUGCAGUAUUAGAUGUCAGAAAUGUCUCCUCUGUGAAUAUGAAUUGUAAAUAUUCUACAAAAUAUAUCAUACAUGGUUUUUAUUUGCCUAUGGUAUUGCAGAGUCCAAUACUUGGACAUUUUUAUGUUUCUCAUAGGUCAAUACUGUUCUGGUGGACUUGCAGUUUUUUUUCUUUUAGGUUUUCCUUCUUUGUUCUGAAGGCUUUUUAAAAAAAAAAAUUUUUUUCAAACGUUAACGACCGUAUAUGUAAUUUUGAGCGAGGCACUUUUGCUUGAGAUGCAUAAUAUCUUAUGAGUUGAAGGUUUGUGCCUUCACAUGACCUGCAGUUUGUUGAUGGAGGAGAGCUCUGCCGGGAUGGUCCCUCAACAUAGCUCAGAUUUCUUUGUCAAAAGGAUCUGUCUCUGUCUGUUUAUUAACUGGAGUGUAACUGUUCGUCUUGGUCUCUUUGUAUCGUCAAGCCUGUUCCUGACGGUGUUCUUACUCCCCACCACCUCAUAACAUGGAGUGUAUUUUAACCCUGCCCCAAUUUUCCUUGUUAUUGCAGUUCGCUGAGUAAAGAAAUCUACCUUUUUGAACAUGCGCAAUCCAAAGAUAUUUUUCCACAUCUUUUUAAAGUUUCUGAGGUUGCUGGUGUACUUUUUUAUGUAAUUCAUUGUGUAAUGCCGAUGGUAAAUGGGUACAUAUCAAGAAUUUUUUUAAAAUGCAUACGGCGGAACUGUGUGCACCAAGGGGAUUGGGUACAUUUGCUCUAUAGGAAGGCCAGUGUGAAGCUAUAAAUGCAGUACUAAGAGGACUGGAAGCUCCUAACCACAGAGCGGGAAGACCUCUGUCUUCUCCAUCUGGGAAAAAAAAACAGCUUCUCUUUGCUGUGAAAGAGGAAUACUAAUGGAAUUAAAUAUACUUAAAGACAUAUCAACCUAUUUCUAUUUUUCAGGAAAUGACUUCACUUUGGUGUCCAGAUUUUGUUACUUCGGGAAGAUUACCUUUGUAGAAUUUCAGUGAAGUGCAAAAACACUGGAGAUAACCAGGUUAUCUAGUUGUUGUUUGUUUUUAUUUUCUUUAUUAGGAGGUGAGAUAAUAUUUCAUUUUACAGGCUGUAUAUUGACAGAUGUUUUCCUCGAUGUUGAUAUCGAUGUAAAUACAAAUUUCUAUU